UGGAAAUUCAUCAACUUCUUGCUCAACUCCUUUUUCUCGGUUGUGCUUCAUUCAACACUGCUGCAACCAUGUCCGACCUCAAGGCUACGGUCUCCGAGACCAAGAACGGCUUCCACGUCGAGGGCUACGAGAAGAUCGAGUACGAUUUCACCUUCCUUGAUGGCGUGUUCGAUCCCCAGAAUGCUCAGUUGGCUGGCCUCUAUGAGCGCUGGGGCCGUUGCUUGGCCAUCAUGGACAAGAACAUCUACGAUCUUUACGGCGAGCAGAUGCAGAAGUACUUUGACCACCACGGUCUGGAGCUGAAGAUCCAUCAGACCAUGAUUGGCGAGAAGGCCAAGUCAUUGGAGACUUUUACUGAGAUCGUGGACUCGAUGACCGGGUUCGGGAUCAUCCGAAAGGAGCCCGUACUGGUUGUGGGCGGCGGAUUAGUUACCGAUGUUGCCGGGUUCGCCUGUGCCGCCUACCGCCGCAACACAAACUACAUCCGCAUCCCCACUACGGUGAUCGGCCUCAUCGACGCCAGCGUCAGCAUCAAGGUGGCCGUCAACUACGGCAACUACAAGAACCGGCUGGGUGCCUACCACGCGCCGAUGCACACCUUCCUGGACUUCGGGUUCCUGCGCACGCUGCCCGAGGCGCAGGUGCGCAACGGGUUCGCGGAGCUGAUCAAGAUUUCGAGCUGCGCGCACCUGCGCACGUUCGACCUGCUGGACGAGUUCUGCGAGCGGCUGAUCGCGACCAAGUUCGGGCGGUCGCAGGACGAGACGGGCGAGGUGCGUAAGGCGGCGGACGAGAUCAACCGCAACGGCAUCUUCGAGAUGCUGAAGCUCGAGUCGCCCAACCUGCAUGAGAUCGGGCUGGACCGGGUCAUCGCGUACGGACACACCUGGUCGCCGUUACACGAGCUGGCACCUCCCGUCCCCCUUCGCCACGGCCACGCCAUCUCGAUCGACAUGGCGUACUCGGCCACGCUGGCCAACAUCCGGGGUCUGCUCAGCGACGCCGAGCACCGGCGACUGCUGAACCUGUUCUCCCGCGCGGGCUUGUCCAUGGACCACGAGCUCUUCAACGAGGAGAUCCUCGACAAAGCGACGCAGGCGAUCCUGAAGACGCGUGAUGGCUUGCUGCGCGCCGCCGUGCCCUGCCCGCUGGGCAGCUGCAAGUUCCUGAACGACGUCACCAACGAGGAGAUGUUCGCGGCGCUGCGCCGGCACAAAGAGCUGAUGAAGGAGUACCCGCGGCAGGGGGCGGGGAUCGAGGCCUACGUCGACGCCAGCGACACGGGCUACACGAUCAACAACCAGCCGGUGGACCCGCAGAUCCACGCGCAGCAGAAGAUGGUCGACGGCGGGGAGAAGAAGACCAACGGCGUGGCCGAGGGCAAGAAGCUCAACGGCGUGGUCGACGAGAAGAAGAACGUGUUCAGCGACGGCGUGAUGAACGGGUUCCGUCAGAUCGCGGCCAAUGGAUACCCCAAUGGGCUGCGCAAUUAGAGGCGUUUAGAUAGAGGGCGGGAGUUUUGGAAGCAGGCUGUUCGUGCAUGAUAAACAUAAACCAUCGUAAGGGAAUGAGUUAUUGCUUAAUGAAAUGAAUUAUAUAGGUCACACACGAUAAAUACCUAAU